CUCUUGCAGAGUCCUCCGCCAUCAUCCGGCCAGAAAUCUAAAGCGCCACCAUCUCAGCCAUAGGUUUCCCCGGCGAUACUCCACCGGAAAUGGCCAAUCAUACACAGCUUGUCACUGCCCGAUGAGAGUGAAGAUGUCUCGGAGUUUUAUGCGCCACCUGCUUAUUCUAGACCCGAUCGCACCUGAUUCCUAUGGCCAUUUCAAGAUUCUUGACGACCGGAACCAUUAGGAGAUUUGCUGAUUGCAUUCACUCAAGUCCAAAAACCGCCAGGUUAGGGGCAGCUCAUAGCUUGGUGGGAUGUCCAGUUGGACUCCCUUACAUCCUGCGCCAAUUGUAUUCGCAUUCAAAGGUUUCUUAUAGAGGAUUUUCUUCAUGCACAAUACGUGAAGGCAGGCAGACAUUGUGGAAAACUGGGAACCUUAAAAAAGUAGCGUUCUACUCAACAAGUAACCCAGUUCCUUAUCAUGCUCGUAUUCCAUGGAGGAGGCUUGCUCAUAUUUGUUCCUACAGCAGUCCGUUAAGUAGAAUUGCAUGUGCUGUGAGCCUUGCUUUGACCCGAUCAAAGCUGGUAGUUCCAGGUAUUUUGGCUUUCAUUGUUGGAGAGCUGGGAUGGAAACGAGGUUUUAGGGCUGAGGCAGAAGGCUUCCCAACUGGGGAUUUUUUCUACACACAAGCACAAUUUGGACACGUUCACCUGACUUCUUUCAUUUUCUUGCUUUUGGAGGGUUUAAUGUUGUUUCUGAGAGCAAUAUAUUUAGGGAUAUUGUUCUCCCCUUGCAUUUUUAUGGCUCCCUUUGCUGAAUCCCUUGGUUCUGAGUAUAGGAAGACGUGGCUACAGACAGUUCGCAUUACAUUAGAAAAGGCAGGUCCAGCAUUUAUUAAAUGGGGUCAGUGGGCAGCAACAAGGCCAGAUCUAUUUGCAAGUGAUCUGUGUAAUGAGCUUGCGGAAUUGCACACCAAAGCACCAGCACAUAGUUAUGCACAUACAAGAAGAACGAUUGAAAAUGCUUUUGGUCGCAAUAUUGCUGAUAUUUUUGAUAAUUUUGAAGAGGAGCCUGUAGCAUCUGGUAGUAUUGCUCAAGUUCAUCGGGCUACCCUGAGAUUCCGCUAUCCUGGCAAACGAGGAAAGCCUGUUCUUGUUGCCGUAAAAGUUAGACAUCCUGGUGUUAGUGAGGCUAUUAGGAGAGACUUCGUAUUGAUCAAUUUAUUUGCUAAAGCUUCUCAAUUCAUUCCUACACUGAAAUGGAUGAGACUGGAUGAAAGCAUACAACAGUUUGCCGUCUUUAUGAUGUCCCAAGUUGAUCUUGCAAGAGAGGCAGCUAAUUUGAAUCGUUUCAUCUACAAUUUCAGGCAAUGGAAGGAUGUUUCCUUCCCGAGACCACUAUAUCCUUUGGUGCAUCCUGCUGUUCUGAUUGAAACAUAUGAGCAUGGCGAAAACAUCCUGCACUAUGUUGACAAGCUUGAAGGGCAUGGGCACAUUAAAAGUUCCUUGGCUCACAUUGGCACUAAUGCAAUGUUAAAAAUGCUUUUGGUAGACAAUUUCAUCCAUGCAGAUAUGCAUCCUGGAAACAUUCUGGUUAGAGUGUCUGAUGGUGAAGCUUUAAAUAAAGGUUUGUUUAAGUCAAGGCCGCAUGUUAUUUUCCUGGAUGUGGGCAUGACGGCUGAAUUAUCACAGAAGGAUCGAAUCACUCUAUUGGAGUUUUUUAAAGCUGUCGCACUUCGAGAUGGUCGCACUGCCGCAGAAUGCACUCUUAGAUUAUCUAAACAGCAGCACUGCCCGAACCCGAAGGCAUUUAUCCAGGCAGUGGAGAAUACAUUUAACUUCUGGGCCACAGAUGAAGGAAGUUCAUUCCACCCUGCUGAUUGUAUGCAACAAAUGCUUGAGCAAGUUAGACGUCACCAAGUAAACAUUGAUGGAAACGCUUGCACAGUGAUGGUAACAAUGUUGGUGUUGGAGGGAUGGCAGCGGAAACUUGACCCUGAUUAUGAUGUGCUCCGGGCAUUGCAAACAUUGCUCUUCAAAGUUGACUGGGAGGAAUCCCUCUUCUACACCAUUGAAGGACUAAUGGCCCCGUGAAGGUUGUGCGUUUCUCUUAGCCUAGAAAGAAAUCUGACGAAGUAGUUGCCUCGAAAAGAAUUAGAUGGACGAUUCUCUUGCUCUGAAGAAAUAAAGAUAUUACAAGAAUCUCAAAACAGAAAAAUACAAACAAAAUCUGCGACCAGAGUUGCCCAACAGUUUUGCUGUUUAGGAUUCCUUAGGUUGUCUACUAAUUGUAAAAUGGAGAAAAUCUACAAGUCUUCUGGCCAAAAUUGAGCGCUGCUUGUUGUAUCUUUGAAAGAUAUAAGCAGAAUGGUGUAAAGAGUCACUGAGCCGAGAACAGGAAAAUGAAAAGGAAGUAACGAAAGAUGAAUAUAGGUUAAAAUGUUUACGGGA